AUGGCGGACGAGCGCAGGACGCGCACCAUUCACACGGCCGCGUGCCUCAUCAUCGGCGAUGAGGUCCUGGGUGGCAAGACCGUUGACACCAACUCGGCGUACAUGGCCAAGUGGUGCUUCAACUUGGGAAUCAACCUGAAGCGGGUCGAGGUCAUCGAAGACGAUGAGAGUGAAAUCGUCGAGGCCGUUCGCCGCAUGAGCGACCGCUACGACUUUGUCGUUACAAGCGGCGGCAUCGGGCCAACCCAUGACGACAUUACCUACCAGUCCAUUGCCAAGGCUUUCAACCUGCCCUUGAAGCUGCAUCAGGAGUCCUUUGACAGGAUGAAGAGGAUGUCCAGGCCACACCCCUCACAGCCCAACUUUAGCUGGGACGUUGACUCGCCCGCGCUCAAGGCUAAGCUGCGCAUGGUUGAGCUGCCCACUGACGAGGCCCGUGACCUGAGCUCGCAGUUCAUCUUUCCCGUCGAGGAGCUCUGGGUUCCCGUUUCGGUCGUCAAUGGGAAUGUGCACAUCCUGCCGGGUGUGCCUAAGCUUUUCGUCAAGCUGCUAGAUGGGCUGAAGCCCUACGUCAUCCCGCGGCUCGUUGACCCUGAGGGCAAGGGCACGACCCGCGUCCUGAUAUCGACCCCGCUGGCCGAGAGCGAAGUCGCCGCGUACCUGACCCAACUGGCCGCCAAAGUCGAGCCCAAGGGCGUCAAGGUUGGCAGCUACCCGCGGUGGGGCAGGUCGCGAAACACUGUCACCCUCGUUGGCAGGGACCAGGCCUACCUGGAGAGCCUUGUUGCGGAGGUGGAGGAGAAUGUCCUGGGGAAGCGGGUCACGGCCGAGGGCGAGGAUGACGAGCCCGGGUCUGAGACGGACAAGGAUGCGUGA